AUGUACAUCAACUGGGCUCAUCACUACAUUCCGAAAUUCAGUGGAGCACUGUCAUUUUUCAUAAAUAUUUUAUUCAUUUUAAUUGUACACGAUGACAAAAAAUCUUCUCUGAUUUUUGGGAAUGCCGAUGACGAAAGAAGACUUUACAUGAAACAGAUAUUUUGGGAGAAUUUUAAAGUGGACACUUUUGACAUGAAUACAAUUAUUUGCGUUUACAAUAAUGCUAGUUCUCGUGUGAUUAGAAAUUCAUUUAUUGCGAUUUUCUACGCCACGACUAUGUCAACGUAUUCAAUGGCUGUCUGCAUCAUUUUCGGAACAUUAACGAUCCGGAAAUUACAAAGCUUGGGGAAUUCGAUGAGCGACAAAACCAAAAAUCUUCAGAAGCGACUUAUGUAUGCACUGAUUGUGCAAUCUUCAAUACCAAUUGUAAUUUGUUAUUGUCCAUGUAUCACCACAUGGUACCUUCCAGUGUUCAAAUUAGAUAUUGGAAGUGACAUUUUCUGGAUUUCAUCAGUAGCAAUCUCAUUCUUCCCGGUAUUUGAUCCGUUGGCCCUGUUUUAUUUUAUGCCAGUUUUUCGAACUCGACUGAAAGAGAUAUUCCUGCUUAAAGAAGUAACAGUUGGACCCGGGUCAUCGGGAAUAACAUAA